AUGGUUGGUGAUCCUGUUGUCUUCUACUCUCCAAAUGCCAACUGCAAUAUACCAGAUCUUAAACCAUCAGAGAUCUAUGUCAUAGGUGGAAAGUUCAUUGACAACAGGCUGUUUGUUAGCUCAUGUGAUGGUAUAGCCUUCAAGUUUGAUAACUUAACAGAACAUCAGCGAAAAGGAUUCAAGAAUGGGUAUCGCCAACAAUGUGAUUUCUGUACGAACCAAGGGGCUGAUACUGCCAAACAUCUCAAUGUUAACAUGACGGGUGAUGUACAAUCUGGGCUAUGGAGUUCUGAAGAAUGUUUCUUCAAUCCUAUCCCUUCAAAGAGAUAUGGUGGUGAGGAUUGUGAGACCCUAUAUUCAUUCUGUAAGCCCCGUCCGGAUACUGGUGUCUGUGAAUGA